UGUCUAAACGUUAAAAAGGGAGGAGCUUAAUGUUGUUAGGGGGUAGGGGUCAGAAGCAACUUUGCAAGCCAAAUCACACAUGCGCAAUGAAAAAUACAAUUGAUAGUGCGCACAUCUAUAGAGAGUGAGAUAGGGAGACCGAACUCGAAUAAAAAGCAAAUGUUUGUAUUGACGAGUAUUCACUUUCAUUUCAAAAUUCUUAAGAGUCACAUCUGAAGUUUCUUUCUUUUUUCUACUAAAAUGAAUAUAACAGACUCAAGCAACAAUGCAAGUACUUAUGCUUCCGAGCAAGCUCGAUAUGAAAGCUUUUUCCAAUCAGCGUGGGGCACGGAGAUUUCAUACCGAACGGAGCUAGCGCGCGAUGGUUUUUACUUUACAGGAAUAUCGCGACAGGUUAAAUGUUUUUUCUGUGGAUACCUCUACCACGCCUCAAUCUGGCAAGAUUUACACUGGAUUGAACAUCGUCUUCAUUCAUCAGAUUGUCCUUUCAUCCAAGGUCUUCCUUGUGGUAAUAUACCAAGAUCUAUAUCAACUGUUGUUCUACAGGAAAACACGCCUCUAAGAGUCAUGGUUAAUUAUGAAAAUGAAGAAUCAAGGAUAGUACAGAAUAAUAAUCCUUCACAUUCUAAUAACACUGCAGAGGAUCGAGUGAUUAUAUUUAACCAAAUUGAGGGAGAAGAUGUAGUUGAUGACUACCCAAGACCACAAAACAAUGAUAAUGUCACUGGUAUCUCUAACAUCCUAACAGAAAAUGAAAAUUCUAACAAUCUUCCAGCAAUCGAAAGAACGAACCGACGUUUUCCUAGAGUAUCUAGGCGUAUAACAAGAAAUAGGCUGGUAUCAUUUUCAGAAUCAUCCAAUCGACGACGAUACUUUAAGCCGCUGAACCUUCAGUUUAGAACACUACAAAGUCGGACUGAAACUUUCUCAAAUUGGCCGAUCAAUGAGAUAAUAACACCCAAAGAACUUGCAGAGGCCGGAUUCUUUUACACUAGAGUAUACGAUCACACCAGAUGUUUCAACUGCAAUGGAACAAUCUCAAAUUGGGAGAGAGGAGAUAAUGCAUGGGCUGUCCAUGCAUAUUACUUCCCUAAAUGUAGUUAUCUAUAUUUGAAGCGAGGACAGAUGUUCGUAGAUGAUAUCAACUCCCCAACAGAUACAGUUACUCCCCUUACAGAGCUACCACAACCCACUGAUGAUAAGGACAGAUACACUUGCAAGAUAUGUCUCGACAAAGAAAUCGGUACAGUAUUCGCACCAUGUGAUCACGCUAUCUCUUGCAUCGAUUGUGCGACACAGCUUGACGAUUGUCCAAUUUGUAAAUCAAGUAUCUCUCAUAUAUGUAGAAUGAAAUUGAUUAAUUAAAUAAACUGUUUUCUUAUAAAAUAUCAAAUCAUUUUUAUUAGCAAAUGAACUUCAUCAAAAGAAUUCACAAUAUCUGUAAAAUCUGAAAAGCCAGUGAAAAUUAUUUUUCCUGUAUGAAAAACCGAUAUUUUAGCUUUACCGAUAUUAUAGUAAGCAGCUGGGUAUAUUUCAGGGUUAUAUUCAAAGUCUCCAUUGUUUGCUAGAUCAUUCAACACAAUUGGAUGACCUAAUGCACAAGUAGCAACGAUAUUAACUAUUCUUCUUGUAUAUUCUUUUUUCUUAUGCAAUUUUAAACACAAUUCAUCAACAGCAUCUUCAGCAUCCUCAAUUCUCUUAUUUCCGACGACAUUAAUCUUUCCAUUUCGGAAUACUAGUAAACAAUUUAUUUUCGUCUUAAUGAUAGCACCAUUGAAUCGUUUAGGUCGGUAAUCAGUUUGAGGAUAAAUAUUUAUCAGCUGUUUUAGAUCUAUCUCAAAAGGUAGA